CAGUUAUCGGGGGCUAUAUAAAUCGGCAUCUGGCAGCAUUUCAGUUUCAGUUUCGCGACGACUCUCAGACACCCGGUCUCUAUUCCAGUUCUCAAAAGUAUAUAUAUCGCUAAAUAUGGCCGAUCCCAACGCCAAGCCCAAGUACACAAAACUCUUCAUCAACAAUGAGUUCGUUGAUUCGGUGUCUGGCAAGACCUUUGCCACUUUUAAUCCGGCUACGUCCAAGGAGAUUAUUAAGGUCUCCGAGGGAGAUAAGGCUGACAUUGAUCUGGCUGUGAUUGCGGCCAAGAAGGCCUUCCAUCGCGACUCGGAAUGGCGCAAGUUGAGUCCUCUGCAGCGCACCAAUCUCAUGAACAAACUCUGUGCUCUCAUGGAUCGGGACAAGGCCUUCCUUGCUAGCCUGGAGACCCAGGACAAUGGCAAGCCCUACGCAGAGGCCCUUUUCGAUGUGACUUACUCCAUGCUAACGCUGCAAUACUAUGCCGGCUGGACCGACAAGUUCUUCGGAGAUACCAUUCCCGCUGGAGGCUUCACCUCGAUGACGCGCAAAGAACCAGUGGGCGUAGUUGGUCAGAUCAUCCCCUGGAACUAUCCCCUUCUCAUGCUGGCCUGGAAGUGGGGCCCAGCUCUGGCAGUCGGCUGCACCAUCAUCAUGAAGCCCGCUGAACAGACUCCUCUGACUGCCCUCCAUAUGGCUGCCUUGGCCAAGGAGGCGGGCUUCCCAGCAGGAGUGAUCAAUGUGGUCAAUGGUUUUGGGCCCACUGCCGGUGCUGCCAUCAGUGAACAUCCUGAUAUUGCCAAGGUCGCUUUUACUGGCUCUGUGGAUAUUGGAAGAAUCGUUAUGCAGGCUGCUGCCAAAUCAAACUUGAAGAGGGUCUCCCUUGAGUUGGGCGGCAAGAGUCCCGUUGUGGUCUUCGACGAUGCUGAUAUUGACUUCGCGGUGGAAACCACCCACGAGGCUCUGUUCUCAAAUCACGGCCAGAGCUGCUGUGCCGGCAGCCGCACCUAUGUCCACGAGAAGAUCUACGAUGAGUUCGUGGCCAAAGCAGCUGCCAAGGCCAAGGCUCGUAAGGUGGGCAAUCCCUUUGAGGAGAAUGUGCAGCAGGGUCCUCAGAUCGACGAUGAUAUGCUGACCAAGGUUUUGGGAUACAUUGCCAGUGGCCAGAAGGAAGGUGCCAAGCUACAGGCUGGUGGCAAAAGGAUCGGCAAUGUGGGUUUCUUUGUGGAGCCCACUGUCUUCUCAGAUGUAAAGGACGACAUGCGUAUUGCCCAGGAGGAGAUUUUUGGCCCCGUUCAGUCGAUUUUCAAGUUCAGCACUCUGGAAGAGAUGAUCGAUCGGGCUAACAAUGUACAAUACGGACUGGCGGCCGGUGUCAUUACUAAUGACAUCAACAAGGCCCUGAAAUUCGCCAAUAAUGUGGAUGCCGGCUCCGUGUGGAUCAACUGCUAUGAUGCCGUGCUGCCCUCCACUCCCUUCGGUGGAUAUAAACACUCUGGAAUUGGCAGGGAACUGGGAAAAGAUGGACUUGAUAACUACCUAGAAACCAAGACCAUCACCAUGAAACUUCUUUAAGCUGGAACUUAAGGAGUUUUUUGAUCGUAUACACAUUAUUUGUAUUUUAUUCGCACUUGUUUUCGGUUUUGUCAACGGUUACAUUAUUGCAUUUUAAAUAAAACUCAUGGAUUAAAGUUA